AUGUCGACUAGCAAGCGCAGAAAGCUGGAGGAGGGGCAACAGGCGCCACAAUCCGCCCUGAGCGCGCUGUCUGCUCGCCGUCAGCUUGCCACCGCUGCCGUGUUGCGCGAGGUGAGCCCGCCUCUCGAAGACGGGCCGGCGCAACGCGUUGGUAACUCGUUCAGCGUGCUUCAGCGGGUGGCGCAAGCAGACCGAGGCUCGCCCAAAAGCCCAAGUACGCCCAAGAGUACUGCUGCCCGUAAAGAAAGUGCUUCUAAGCGCGGCACCGACAAAGGCGUCUCGACGCCAGAGAGUGGUACUUCAACUCCUAGAGUAGUUCAAUACUCAUCUUUUCGCCUCGGCAAACAAAAUUAUAGGAGGAACAAGGACGGAUAUAGUGAGAUACGACUCACUGACAGCGAGCGUUUCAUCGUGCUCGGUAUAUUUGGCAUCAGAGUCCGAUCUGGUGAGGUUUCCAUACUCGGCACAACUAUCAACGCAUCUGAAACCAUCCACUGGAUUCAUGCCCCCCACUGUCAUGCCUUGCCCGUCAUUCGAGCGUCUGAAAAGACACGCGUGGAGCUGCACAGCGACAAGGCAGACAAGCCGCUGUCCUGUCUUUCUGCCUUGUCGCCACUAUACCAACGUAUAUGGCAUGAAAACGAGAGCAACUCUGAAGAUAUAAACAGCGCUGCUAAAGACACAUUUCGAAUACUGUGUACCUCGGAAGAUGCUCCCAAAAGAAGCAUCAUACAGGAACUAUUUUCACCGCCAGAAUGGAACAAGGCAAUCUCGGAUAUUACAAGUUCAAUCAACUCUGAACCAAGAGCCCAGAUAUCUGCUUUUGUAUGCGGCCCCAAGGGCGCCGGCAAAUCCACCUUUUCAAAGCUACUCACAAAUCGACUCCUCACAACGGCUGAUCGAGCGAGCACAGCACAAUCGGCCACAGGAGUUGCAGUCAUCGAUCUUGACCCUGGCCAGCCCGAGUAUGCGCCAGCCGGAACAUUGUCUCUUGUUCAUAUCACUAAGCCUAACCUCGGCACCCCAUUUUCGCAUCCGGGGUUGCACCAAGCCGGCCACGCAGUCCUGCGCAGCCAUGCGCUGGCAUCUGUAUCCCCAGCCACGUCCCCUUCUCUCUAUAUACAAUGCGCGACGGAUUUGUACGAGACAUAUCGCAGGACAUUGCGAAACUGCCCGUUGAUUAUCAAUACGCCAGGAUGGAUAUUGGGGACUGGGCUGGAUUUGCUGGUGGAGCUGAUAACCAUAAUGAUGCCCUCCCAAGUUGCCUACAUGUCGGAAGAUGGUCCGCUCGAUGUGGUCGAAGUUUUGCGCUCUGCCACACGCAACGAGUUCUUAACACUUCCGUCGCAGCCGUCCGAGUAUACUGCCAGAACAGGCUCGCAAUUACGCGCCAUGCAGGCCAUGUCGUAUUUCCACCUCGCUGAUUCUCCUGGAACAGUCAGUCCAGCGGUUCUGAGCUGGAAUGCCAAGCCGCUGUCUGCCGUCCCGCCAUGGGAAGUGCGCUACGCCUCAAAAAGAAGGGGAAUAAAAGGUAUCUUAUCCUAUGACUUCCAGUCACCGCCCGAGCUCUUCAGAGCAGCCAUCGAUGGAAUGGUGCUGGCCGUGGUCGAGAUUGAAGACGGCGAAGCGUUUCGAGAUAUUAUCGCUGGUUACGGCCCAGCAAUCCAGCAACCCGCCGCUGCAACUGGGCAACUAUCACCGAGCGAAGCACAGGCAGAGAACGCCGAUGCUGAGGCGAGCACCACGACGGCAGAUGAGCUGAAAAUCAUCACAUCGCCGGAAGGGCUUCCGGUAAUCUCCAACACCAACGACGCCACGCUCGACCCUCGCUACUCUCGCACCCUAGGCCUGGCCCUCGUGCGCGGCGUCGACACCGCGCGCAGGACGCUGCAGCUCCUGUCGCCCAUCACCGAGUCCCAGCUCCAGGGCGCGCGCGCCCAGGGCCACGAUCUCAUCCUGGUGCACGGCAAGUUUGACGCGCCGACGUGGGCGUACGCCGAGGACUUUUUCUUCCAGCGCGCCACGGCCGCCUCGGUCUCGGCGUCGGCAUCGGCGUCGGCAUCAGCGUCAGUGGAGCUCGGACACCAGAAGGAGCAGCAGCAGAGCGACCUCGACGUGACGUUUGAGGGCGAGGAUGCGGGCGCCGUGCAGGACCAGGUAGAGGACGUGCGCGACGUGCCCACGGUGCCGUGGCUGGAGAUUCUGCAGGGCAACCAGAAGCGACCGGUGGGAUCGGGUGUCUGGCGCGUGCGGCGGGAUCUGGGCCGGAAUGCAGGAGAGUAG